CACCGACUCAAUGCACAUGAGUUUGAGUAAGCUUCAGGAGUUGGUGAUGGACAGGGAGGCCUGGCGUGCUGCAGUCCAUGGGGUCACAAAGGGUUGGACACGAUUGAGCGACUGAACUGAACUGCGUGUUACAGGAGGUGGUGGGGUGCCAGGCUGUGGCAUCGGAACAUUUCUUGGGCAGAGGCAGUGGCCUUCACGCAUCUCAGUGUCUGUGACAUGCUCUCCCGUCUCUGUAGCCUGCAUGCUGUCCUGUGGGUCGUGUGCGGCUGGUGUGCGGUCUGUUGGUCUCAAGGGAGUGAGUUCUAGCCUGAGAGAGAAGGAAGCUCUCUUAAUAAGGAUACUAGGGCAGGGAUGGCACCAGUGAGUAUAAAAGUGUGUAAGGGGCCAAGAUGAUCAACAUUUAAAUGUUAGAAGUGUGAUCAUGUCCCUGGUCGUUCCUAAGGUGUGUCAUGGAUUUGAGCCUCUGAUGCCAUCUUGCCGUGGGUCCUGGUUUCUCCAGCUCCAGAGAGCUGCAGCUCUGGUGUCUCCAGAUCUCCCCUCAUCUGGGUUAAUGCACAGAACAGACAAACAGAAACACAUUUAUACGUAAACUCAGGCACAGGGACAUGCUAAAGUGCAACCUUAUUUGGCACCCCUGAGAACAUAACAGUCAAUAAGUUUAUGAAAAGAUGCUUAUCUUUACUGAUAACCAAGGAAGUGUAAGUUAAGGCAACAUUGAAACGUCUUUGCCUAUCAGAUUGGCAAAGAUUUAAAAGACUGCUGUCAAAUGCAUUUGGUGAGGACUGCAAGCACCCUUACAUGUCUGAUGGGAGCAGAAGUCCGUGUGUUUCUAGAGGGCUGCUUGGCAGCAUCUGUUGUGAGGUCUUAGGCCCGACAGUUUGCUCCAGAUUGUUUUUUUUUUUUUUUUUGUACAGAACUCAUCCUGGUGAUAAGAGAUCCAGGCCUGGAAUUACUCAUUUAAAAUGGCAUGUUUACACCAGAAACGAAUGCAGUGUUGUAUGUCUAUUAAAUUGAAAUAGCAGAUGUGGGCAACAGUGAAAUUGUCCACCAACAGGAUUAUUAAACCAUGAUCUGUACCACCAGUAAAGGCAUGAGGUAGCUUUUUAUGGGCUUCUCUGAAAAAUUUGAAAAGAAAAUUUUCAGAGAAAAUUCUUUUCUCUGAAAAGAAUUUGAAAAGAGCCGGAGCAACAAGGUGGCUGUUAAACGAGAGUUUGUUGGAGCAUAGACGUGGCCUGGAGGGCCUUGUGCCCGGCUUCCCACAGGGGCGUCUGGAGGUGGGGGCGGGGGCUCCUAUCUUUUAUUUCCUUCCUUAAGCGAGCCUGCAGCACUGUGAGGUUUGACUCUCUCUACCCACCCUGGCGCUCAGGGACUGCCUGAGCUGCAGCCUGGGAGACAGGCGUUGCUCUGAACCUGGUCCAUGUCUUCGCCUCCCGGCGCCAGUUCAGGGAGCAGCCCCGCUCACCCGCCAAUCGAUGGAUGGCCCCCAGGCCCACGUGUGGCAGCUUGCUGUCCCUGGGGGUGGAAGGUGGGGUUUAUGGUGGGUGCUGGUCCCCUCUCGCCCCUCUUAGGCCAGCUGCCGUGCUCUUGGGCUCGUGGUUUCAGAUGUGGGCGGCCUGUGUCAGCCUCCCGCGCGAGGCUCACGUCACUGGUCGGUGGUUAUCUCCUGAAUCAGGCAGAGGGACUUUGCUGCAAGCGCAGGGGCGGCUGGGUGACAAGCCACCUGCAGGUCUCGGGAGCAUCACGCCUGCCAUGGGUGCCGGCAGCUGCAUCUGGAGAGGUUGGACCUUGCAGAGCGAAGUUCUGAUGCGAGAGGCGGGCACCUGCUUCCUGCUCUGCGCCUGGCUCAGCCUGGGGGUCCCUGUCCUGGGAGACAGAGGAGGGCCGGGGCCUGGGGCUUUCACCUGCUACAAUAACAACAUCCUCAGGAUUGAGUGCCACUGGCCUGGCCCAGCGCCAGGCCAGGGGGCCGGCUCCUGGCUGCUCUUCACCAGCAACGUCGUGCCGGGCAGCAAGCACAAGUGUGUCUUCUGGGCCGGCAUGUGCACCGUGGAGCUGCCACCCGAGGAGGUCCUCGUGCCUGCUGACAACUUCACCAUCACAUUCCACCACCACAUCUCCGGGAAGGAGCAGGUCAGCCUGGUGGAUCCACAGUAUCUGCCCCGCAGACAUGUGAAGCUGGACCCCCCCUCGGACUUGCAGAGCAACGUCAGCUCUGAGCACUGUGUCCUGACCUGGAGCGUCAGUCCUGCCUUGGAGCCUCUGGCCAUGCUCCUCAGCUAUGAGCUGGCCUUCAAGAGGCAGGAGGAAGCCUGGGAGUGGGCUCGGCACAAGGAUCACAUCGUUGGGGUGACCUGGCUCAAACUUGAAGCCGCCGAGUUGGACCCUGGUUCUGCCUAUGAGGCCCGGCUGCGCGUCCAGAUGGCCGCCCUAGAGGGCGAGGUGGCGGAGGAGGAGCGAUACGAGGGUGUGUGGAGUGACUGGAGCCAGCCUGCCUGCUUUGCCGCUCCCCCCAGACGAGGUCGCCUGGUCCCUGCUCUGGGGCAGUCUGAUAGCACCCUGGUCGCUGUGUCCCUCUUCCUCCUGCUGAGCAGCCUGACCUACUUACUGUUCAAACUGUCGCCCAGGAUGAAGACAGCUUUGUACAAGGAUGUGCCGUCCCCAGGCCCAUUCUUCCAGCCUCUGUACAGCGUGCACAACGGGGACUUCCAGACCUGGAUAGGGGCCCCCGGAGCCAGCCCACAGGCUGGCCGGGACCAUGCCGGCCCCCCACGAGGAGCCCUCCUGGAAGCCCGUGUCCGGGAGGCUGUUGCUUUGCUGCACUGUGACCCAGCAGACGCCUGGCCGUCGGCGGGCCUGGAGGAGGAGGGCGGCCCUGGGCCCGGCCUCCCGGCAGGUGUGCUGCCGGCAGAACACGUGCAGUGGGGGGUGCCGCCGCCCGCCUACCUGCCGCAGGAGGACUGGGCCCCUGUGGGCCGCCCCCGGCUGGUGCCCCCCCAGUGCGAGGGCAGCAGCGGCGACUACUGCGCCCUGGACUGCUCUGCGGGGAGCUGACCUCCGCCUUCCCAGGAAGCACGUGGAGCUCUGAGCCCCCCACCCCCCACUAGUGGCAUUUUCUGUGACCGGUCGAGCCUGCAUUCCCAGCCGGGAGGUGCUGUGUGGGCAGGCCCGCGGUGCUGCAGCCUGUCCAUCUUGCGGCUCGUGGACCAGCAGCAGCCCUGCAGCUGACCUUUGACUGGCGCUGGACCUCCUGUGCAGGGCCACCCAUGUGGUGGUCAGGUGUCGGGUCUGGGUGGAGGCAGGCGGGCUCUCCCCCCAACCCCACCCCUGUGGGCCUGGGCCUCUGCCCUCAGCGUCCUGCCAUCCUGGCCCCCAUCCACCACUUCCCUCCCUGCUUCCGGGCUUAACCCCAGGCCGCUCGGAGAAGCGAGGUGUCGGCCCCACAGCCUGUUCUGCCCUCCGCCCCUUGCGAGGCCAGUCUGGGCCCCGUGGACACAGGUGAGACGCAGCGAUGAGGCUGAGGGUCCGCUUUCUGUGCCUCCCUGGGCUUCCUCCCCGACUGAGAUUAAAAGGGAUGGAUGGCCGUU